CACGUUACUCCCAGGGAGGGGGGACCAAUGAUCACCUCCAUGUGAUCAAAGCAUGAGCACCAAACCAACGCCUUUGACCCGCAUCAAACCACUCACAAGAAUCAAACCCUCCAAAAAAAAAAAAAAACGAAUCUGCGGGAGGACAAGAUUUCCGUCCACUCAAGUAAACUGAAAUGAAACUCACAAUGUAUCUGGGGCAGGUGAAUCAUGGCAUUCUCAAGGAGCAUGAUCACAAAGUCGCCAGUUUUCUGCAGAUUUACAGCAAACAUUCUGAAAAACUGUUGAACGAAACCCCAGAACCCGUAUACGAGAUCGAACGGAUUUGCGGAGAGCGACUUCCACCGCCUUGGACCGAGAUUGUGUUUCAUCAUAUUAUGGCGUGCAUGGGCGUUCGUGAUGGGGACUAUGUCGCUGCCUACAGUGAACAAUCAAACGCUAUCUCGACCUUCUUGCGUGAAUUCCAGGCCAUGACGAAUUGGUGCCUGGAAACCCUUUAUAUCCUCAACGGUGACCUGCGGAGACUUGCAGUCCAGGCCGAUAAGCAGUUGGAGGCAAGAGGCGAUAAACCCUCCAAGCUGGAGGAUUGUGCGCGAACUAUCAACAAAUCCUUCACGGCGUGUAUCACCGACAGAGCUCCGUUGGAUGCGUCGAAAAAGUGGGGGACGUACAACAUCAUUGGGAUUUUAUUCAGGACAUAUUUUAAGCUCAAGUCGCACAACCUCUGCAAAAACAUUCUGCGUGCCGUUAAGGCAGCCGAUCUACCAGAUCUGGAGCAGUUCCCGAUGGCGCACCAAGUCACCAUGCGCUACUACACUGGAGUUCUUUCAUUCUUCAACGAGGAUUUCAAAAAGGCGGAGCCAGAUCUACAGUUUGCAUUUGAUCAUACGCCACCCCAUUUCCACAACAACCGACGGUUGAUCCUGCACUACCUGAUCCCGACCAGGCUCUUGCACGGUUCUCUCCCCUCGGUCCGAUUGCUCCAGGAAUUCCCGGAGCUGUCGACGCUGUACCAACCCCUGGCCACGGCCAUCAAGACUGGGAACGUGCAGAUGUUUGACGAGGCUCUGGUGAGCGGCGGAAGUCGACUCAUUAGCCUGGGCACUUAUCUGACGGUGGAACAGUCGCGCGGCGUGGCUGUUCGGACGCUCUUCAAGAAAGUGUUCACAUCGAUGGAUCGAACCAACAGACUGAGUGUGUCGCAAUUUCAGACGGCAUUGGCCUUUGUGGGGGUGAAGGUGGAUGAGGACGAGGUCGAGUGCAUGCUGGCCAACAUGAUUUACAACGGAUACAUUCGUGGGUACAUCUCACACGAGAAGAGGGUACUGGUCUUGAGUCAGAAGGAUCCGUUCCCGGGUCUGGAAUCACAGCAGCAAUAGCGCGGACAUGCUCUCCAGGGACUCCCUACCUUCCCUUCCCCUGGGUCUUUCAUUGUUCUGUACUCCUAUUCGAAAUAUAUACAAUUGUUUAAGAUUACGACACGGAAUUUUUUUUUAUUUUGAAGCGUCAAAAGAAAAAAAAAGAAAGAAAGAGCCUAAGGUCCUUAAUUAAAUAUGCUUGUUGCAUAUAACAGAAGAGGUCGAGACGACUAGCUUAGCCAGUGUCACUUCUGCUUUUCGCUUGAAAUAUAUCAAGCGAGCCAUCAAUUAUGUAUAUAGGCCCUGCUCAAUCCUCGCUGGGCUAGUUGUGAGCAUCUCGCGGAGGCGUGGGGAAGGGGAGCCUUCAAGAGACUUUGCGGCCACAUUCAGCGUACCUGAUUGGCUGACGACAAAGUCAGCGAGG